AUAUCAAAAAAACCUUUGAACUAUUUGUUUUAAUAAGCAAAAAAAUAAUAUAAAUUGAUUCUGUACCUUUCAGACAAAUCUAGUCUUCCAGAGUUAAAAAGGAUACUUCUAAGGGAAGAAAUAUGUUGUCAUUAUUUUGCCUCGUUUUAGUUUGUGGUGGCGCCUUGGCUGCACCAUCUGGAAACCAGUACAUGGAUAAUGUACUUCACACAACUCUUCAGAAUGUUAUAAAAAGUGAAAAGUUGGAUCCUACGCAUCUUCCUGACUACACUUUUGAGUAUACAGAUAAAAUCUUCUUUACAAAAGUUCACGGGAAAGCUGAAUACAGCGAAGGUUCUCUGAGUGGAUUGUCUCAAGUUAUAAGGAUUUCAGAAUGCCAGGGACCAACCAACAUAUCUUCUGUCACAGUAAUCAAUUGCACUCUAUCCUUCAAUAUGUUACAAACCAGUUACAAAGGACGAGUAAAGUAUGGAGUUCUUCCUAAAGUAACCAUUGACGCUAAUGGCAACACCUCCAAUGCAAUUGUAGAUGUUUCAGUUUCCAAAGCUUUGCACGAUAGUAAAGCUACUUUGAGGUCAUACAAAGUCCGUCAAGUUCGAAGAUUAGAUACACAUUUUACUGGAUUAGGUCCUCUUAACAAACAGAUGAAAGUUCUUGAAGAAAACUACAAGGGCCGGGUGACACAAGAGGUGAUCAAUGUUGUUCAGAACAGAUUCCAGUAUGCCCUUAACUUAGCUGUUGGACAAGUGCCAAUGCCUCUUCGUUAAAAAUAGUUUUAUGCCAAAAAGCAUUUUAUAAUAGACUUAUAUUUUGUAUCACUUCAAAUUGUUUGCAAAAUAAAUUUUUUUCAAUAA